CACUGUGUAUGUUUUCCUUUUUUCCACAGGCAUCUGUUGUGGCUGAGCAGUUCUUACAAGCACAGUUCUAAUCCUGAUACCGCCUAACGUACAUGACAGCAGAAAGAAAGAGAGCUCAGCUAGUCCUUCUCAGCAGCUCACCUCCAGUCUGCAGACAUGAAUGACAUCAAGUUGGCUCUGCUGGGCAGCGAGGGAGCAGGGAAAUCAGCUGUUCUGGUAAGGUUCCUGACAAAACGUUUCAUUGGAGAGUAUGCUUCCAAUGCCAACUCCUUAUACCGUAAAAGGCUCUCCAUCGAAGGAAGACUGUUACACUUGGAAGUAUUUGAUCCGUGUUCACAGAGUGGAGAGAGCAGAUGUAUCCUGGAAGAGCCGGUGGAGUGGGCCGAUGGAUUUCUCGUGGUGUACAACAUCAGUGACCGAACGUCCUUCCUCAACGCCCAAAACAUCCUAUGUCAGAUCAAAGAUGCCCGCGGAGAGAGCUGCAAGGGAGAGAUGGACAAGAUGGACAUCCCAAUCUGCCUGGUGGGGAACAAGCAGGACCUGUGCCACGCCCGUCAGGUGUUUGAAGAGGAAGGCCGUGCCUUGGCUCAGGAGCACAGAUGCCACUUCCAGGAGGUGUCUGCAGCAGAGGACUACCUGGAGAUAUCCAACCUCUUCACCAAGCUCAUCCGCCACGUCAUGGAUCACCUGAAGUACCGGGCCGACCGCCGCCGCUACAGUGGUUCUAAGUCCAUGGCCAAGCUUAUCAACAAUGUCUUCGGUAAGAGGAGGAAAUCUGUCUGAAGGUGGGGGUGCUCAUGUGGACGUUGAUGGGAUGUUUGAUUGGGAUGACUUGUGUUUAUAUAGACAUGUUGUGGACGCCUGGGUUGUUGAUUCUGAUGAACACUUCAGGGACAGGGACAGCUCUGUAAGUGUGAAUGACACACGUCAUAGUCCAGACUUUACAGUGGUGGAAAAAGUACUCAAAUGUCAUACUUGAGUAGAAGUAAAGAUACCUUAAUAGAAAAGUAAAAGUCACCCAGUAAAAUACUACUUGAGUAAAAGUCUAAAAGUAUUUGGUUUGAAAUAUACUUUAGCAUCAGAAGUAAAAGUUAAAGUAUUAAUCAUUUCAAAUUCCUUAUAUUAUGCAAACCAGAUGGCACAAUUUUUAAAUAUUGUUUUAAUUACGGAUAGCCAGAGGCACACUCCACCACUCAUUAAUUUACAAAUGUGGCAUUUCUGUUUAGGUGGUCUGCCAGAUCAAAGGCAGUAGCAAUGACAAACAAUGUUCUCUUGAUAAGUGUGUGAAUUGGAUAAUUUCCUGUCUAAAUGUAAUGAUUACUUUCAGGUAUCAGAGAAAAUGUAUGGAGUAAAAAGUACAUUAUUUUCUUUAGGAAUGUAGUAAAGUAAAAGUUGUCAAAAAUAUAAAUAGUAAAGUAAAGUACAGACACCCCAAAAAACAACCUAAGUAGCACUUAAGUCACUUUGCCAUUCAGAUCUUCUUACGUUUUUAUUUUUCCUUCUUGAUAUUCUAAAUCCCAUGUUGCCAGUAGAGUAUCCUUCAACACUUAAGUUCCUUUACUAAUUACAAACUAUUUCAAGGAAAAUUACUUUCCAAAAGUUGUUUUAUGGAUCUAAGAGCACAACAUAUUUGAGUUUGCAUCAAGGAAUGUGCACCAAUGUCUUAACGUACAUUCCACCUCUCAGAGGGGGCAGUAAUAAGGUGAGAAUUACGGGUAAAUUGGCUCACUAACAAUAUCUUAUGGCAUAUGAAUUCGUAUAAAUCUCUAUUGAAUUUCUGUUGUGGCAGUAUUAAAUGGGCUGUUUCUAAUUUUAAGCUGUAACAAUGGGUAAAAUUGCUUUUCCGUGGAUAGGAACGUAAGCAGCUAGUAUAUUCAUUCCCUACAUAGUAGUAAAGGAAUGUGCAGCUAUUUUCUUUGCAUGUACAUAUUCUGUUGAUUUCCUGUAUUCAAUGUGUUUGCUGCUGUAUUACUUUGGAUAGUACGAGCAAAUGUCUGUGAUUGUGUUAUGCAUAAAAACAAACGUUCCCUCUCAUUCUUGUUUCUAGUUGAAAAUUACCCACUGGGCACAGACGUAAAUUCAAUGUCUAUUCCACGUUGGUUCAACGUGAUUCAACCAGUGUGUACCCUGUGGGUGAUUAUGCCUGGUGUGGACCAACUUGCAAUUAAAGAGCUAGUUGGGGG